AUGUCGUCAGACCAUGCCCUGCUCAGCCCGGCCGAAGUCGAUGCACUGCCCACCCCGCACGCACCAGGCUUCUGGCCCGAGACUCCCGCUGCCGAUGCCUACCUCCAGAACGAAGGGCCCCUCGAGCAAGCCGGAAGGUCGAUGGGUCCCCUCCAUUCCGAAGAAUCGACCGAAGAACCGAUGCCAGCCGAACAUAACCUCCUUGCUCCCGCCAUCCUCGCCACGGGGGCCGGUUUGCUCCUCGGCGGUCCCGUAGCCGGUGUCGUCGCUGGCUUGGCUGCUGGUGUGGCCGGGCUCGAGAGGCAAGGCUUGAAGAAAGGGCUCGCCCACACCGAUACCCCCAAUGAACAGCUCGGUACGAGUCAGAGUCAGGAUGUGACUCCCAAAGGAUCACCCUCAUCUAAGCACACGGCGACUUUGGUCCCGGCGGAACCCUCGCCCUCGGGCUCGACUUCGACUCAGGUCCCCGAGGACUUGACCGAGCAGAAGACCCAAGCCGCUCUCGCCGCGUCCCCGGCUCAGCAAAUGCUUGGAGGAGAAGAUGCUCACCAGGACUUGUCGGCCUUGGUCGCCGGUGCGGCCGGAACCGCCGUCGUUGACAAGGAGAUCGAAGAACCGACAACCGAGCUCAAGGAAGAAACUCGCGACCGGGCCGUGUCGAACGCUGUCCCCGAUCCUGCCUGGAAGAGCAACCUCAUAUCGACCGGUGUCCAGACUGAAGAAUCAGCGCCGAGCACGCCGACCAAGGAGGAGGGCCUUUCGAGUAGUGAAAAGGCUGCUCUCGGUGCUGGAGCUGGACUUGGGGCAGCUGGACUCGCCGCUGCUGCUGCGCACGAGCACGAGCACCACGAUGCCUUUGUGAGUUCGCAUGCGUUCCAGUUCGCUAGAAUUCGAACGAGUCUGACCAUUCCGAACGACGAACGAUUGCACAGACUGACAGCGUUAGGCCCGACCUCGCCACCACGAGUGAGCCGCUUACGCUCAACGAACAAACACCUUCGACCGUUGCGGCCACACCGUCGUCAGAAGCAACUGCUCAAGACGUGAAAGAUGCGGAGGCAGAAGAUAGCGAGAAAGCCAAGGAAGGCUGGACGGAUAAGGAGAAGCUGGCCGCUGGAGCAGGCGCUGUUGGCGCAGGUGGACUUGCUGCGGCAGCCAUCAGCCAUGAAGCGAAGCAGCACGAGAAGAUGGUUAGCCCUUCUCGCCGACUCGAGUUCUUGGGACUUCCUGUGCUAAAUACUCGCUUUUAUUUCCGCGGCAAAGCCCAUUCAACCUGUUCAGCCCGUCCAAGAGCCGACUUACGCGGCGUCCUCCAGCCCUGCACAAUCCUCUAGUUCUGCCCAACCGGUACAACAUUUGUCCACUCCCGCAACCGUGGCCUCAAACCCCUCCUCUUCUCAAGAGACUUCGCGCGAGAUCCGAGAAGAUUCAUUAACCGCCGAGGAGCCUAAAGAAGGUCUGAGCGACAAGGAGAAGGCAGCGCUUGGUGCUGGUGCAGCAGGAGUCGCCGCUGGCGGUCUGGCGACGGCCGCUGUCAAAGAUCACGAAACGGUGAGUGCACCGAUCGGACAAUGCCCUCCUACCGUUUUCAUUCACUCAUCGCUUCAGUCAUUCAGGCAUCUUCGUCCCCACCACAAGGCCCGCCGCCGGCGAGUGCGUUACCGCCCCUUGCUCCCGUCAAGGACUCAACUUCAACCGGCGUCGCGAGCGUCGAGGGCCCUGCUACCGGAUUCUCUGCCCAGCAAGACGGUGAUGCCGUGGUCUCAUCCGCACCUUUGCCUGUCGCCGAUCCCGCCGAUCCUCCUGUUGGGUCCUAUGUCAUCCCUAAGGUCAUGGAUGAGGACCGGGACGCCGCGACCCCUGGCAAGAUCACUGUCCUCAGCGACGAGGACAGGACGGCCGAAAGGAAAGCCGACGCGGCGCAAGAUGGAGAACCCAAGGAGGACCGAACCAAGGAUGACUCUCACAAGACCGAAUUGGCUGCUGCCGGUGCCGCCCUUGGAGGUGUAGGUGCGAUUGGCGCCUACGAGGCUCUCAAGCCGGAGCAUCGACAAGUCAAGUCUCGUUUCAGCGACACGACCCUUGGCUCAAACAUGGCUCCCACGGUCCAUUCAUAUGAGGAGGGUCACGGUACCUUCGAGGAACAACGCUACGUUGCGCACGACCCUUCCUUGGGUCAAGAUUUCUCGCACGACAAGGUCGAUCCGGCGUCACUCGUCACGCCGGCAGCGGCGACCGUUCCUGGAUUUGCAGGCGAGUCAUCCGCAAGGGAAGAUUUCGCACAUCUCUCGCAACAGCCCGAGGAAGUCGCAUCCCAAGAAGAAGAUCGACGAGGAUGGACCACGGGCGAAAAGAUUGGAGCAGGUGCCGUCGGGGCAGGAGGUAUCGGUCUGGGCGCCGCCGCCUUGGCUCAUCACAACGCCCGUCUUGGAGAACAAGGGGCGCCUAUUCUGACGACGAACAACUCGCUGCAACGUGUGCUCAACGAGUCGUCGUUGCCUGGGGCCGAGUCUUCUUCCAAGCCUAGCUCGACGAGGGCGAUGAAGGGCUCGCCUGUUGGGACCCCAGGUGUGCAGGAACGAGCGAUGACUCCUGAGUCACCCUCCUUCCCUCGUCAAGCUGCGGUCGUCGGUGCUGGUGCGGCAGCGGGUGCUGUGGCGGCGGACCAAUACUACCACCCCCAACAAGGUGAACACCCUCAACAGGUUGGAAACCCUCAACAAAGUGGAUACCCUCAACAAGGUGGCUACCCUCAAGAGGGUGAUUACCGCCAACAAGCCGAAGCCGACCGUUACCGCCAACAAGGGGACUACUACUCCGACUCCCCUCGCGGCGAUUUGAGCGCCGGAUCAGGCUCCCCCGUCGACCGCCGUUCAGGCGAUGCCCAACGUCUCCAAUUCCAGGACCAAUACCCCGAGGGCGUGCACCCCGUUGAGAAGUCACCUCAUAUGAGGAUCGCGACGCAUGUGGAUGGGACGGGGAGGAAGAAGUUGCAUAGGAAGUCACUGGGGGAUGUUUUCGCCCCUGGGGAAGGGACGCAGUUCCCUGUGCAGACCUCCCCGAGGAAUGCGAGUCCGAGGGUGGGCGAUGGGGAGCAGGGUUUCGGGGGUUAUGUGAGUCGAACAAACUCGUUUUGGGGUCACCAUUUUCGGAGGAGCUGAUUCCUUCCUUCCUCGUUCUCUCCCCAGGACGACCGAAGAGACUCCGUCAUGGACCGCGUCGUCGGCAUCCAUGACCCCGCUUCUCCCUCGCGUACCUCGGGUGAACACGGUCGAACGCACAGCAAGUUGUCCAAGAACCGCCGGCCUUCAAGAGGUGCGGGGGAGGAUUCACCCGAUGGGACGGCCUCGCCGAAGAAGAGCGGGUUCUUUUCAAAGAUGUUUAGUGGCAAGUGA